CUUCCCGAGUUCCCGCCUUUUCGGGGAAGAGGCGCGAUGGCCGGGAGCGUCCGCAGCUGCCUGGCAAAAGCCCUGGAGAACUUGGAAGACUACCAGCUCCGAAAGUUCAGGUUGAACCUCAACGAGUACCAGGUCAAGCCGGGCUUCAGCAACAUCCCCCGGGGGCCGCUGCAGAAGGCCGACGCGCUCAAACUCAGCGACUUGCUGGUCAGUUACUACUGCGAGGACUACGCCGUGGAGGUGGCGGCCGCGGUGCUGUCGGACAGCGACUGCAAGCCUCAAGCCGAGAAGCUUCUCAGGGACACCGGGAGAGGUGCCUGCAAUUCUGCUCAGGAACCUCUGCCCCAGCUCAGCACCCACUCAAGACGAGCUGAGGUUCAGGCCCCAGGAAUGCAUUUUAUUGAACGCCAUCGGGAGGCCCUGAUUCAGAGAACAACCACAGUGGAAGAAAUUCUGGACCAGCUGUACGGAGUCCUCCUGACUAAUGAGCAAUAUCAAGAAAUCAUGAUAAAGGGAACAGACCAGGCUAAAAUGAGGGAGCUCUUCAGCCUGAUGCCUGGCUGGGAUCGCCAUGGCAAGGAUUUGCUCUAUGAGGUUCUGAAGAACAAAAGAAAGUAUCUCAUUGAAGACCUCGAAAGGCAGUGA